AUGUGGUUUAAGAAAAUUGGAAGAAAUAUUAUACAUUAAGAAAGAUUGUUCAUUUAAAAUGUUAAGAAGCACAACAAUGUAUGAAGAAUUAUGAAUUUCAAAAGAUUUUUCAUAAUCAGAAGGAGUUAUAAUCCAAGAGUGAAUUUGAAAAUUUGAAAGGACAAAGAGCUACAAUAAGGUUGCCAUAAAAUACAUAACUUAACCAUUGA